ACUCAAUCUCUCUCUCUCUCUCUCUCUCACAUAAACACAGACACCAUGCAGGAAGACAAGAAGAUGAAGGUGAAGAAAGGGUUCUUGGCCGUUCAAGUGGGGUUAGAAGACGAGGACCAAGGUGGUUCCUCUUCUCAGAGAUUUGUCAUUCCCAUCUCAUACCUUUACCACCCUCUCUUCAAGCGUCUUCUCGACAAAGCUCACGAGGUCUACGGCUACCACACCGAUGGCCCCCUCAAGCUGCCCUGCUCCGUCGACGAUUUUCUCCAUCUCCGUUGGCGUAUCGAAAAGGAGUCAACUUCCGAUCAACACCACCAUAAUCAUACCAACCAUCGCCUUCCACACGCUUUGCACUUUCACUCCUGUUGAGUCCUCUUUCUCUCCUGUUCUCUGUUUCUCUCUUCAUACACAUACAGUACUAGUGGUAGCUACUUAGUUAGGGAAUUGACGCCACCGCUCUGUGUUUUAUUGUUCAGAGGGAAAGUUAAU